AAGAACAACUACUAAUAUUUGGAAUUUUUUUGGUGUGUAUAUAAAGUCCAUGGCUUUCGUCGAAGAUCAUCACAAUUUGUUGUGGAACUACUUUGGAAUAACCAACAGAAGAGCUAGAGACGCCCAUAUAACGCCUGAAAAAUGUUCAAAUUGUUCGCUGUUUGCUUCUUGGCUUUGUUUGCCGUCGCUUUUGGUGCUGCUAAGCCCGGCCUCUUGGCUGCCGCUCCCCUGGCCUAUACUGCUGCUGCUGUGGCUUAUUCCGCUGCUGUUCCUGCUGUCGCUGCUGCUUACACUGCUGGCUAUGUGGCUCCCUACGCUAGCACCUACAAUGCCCACACUGUCGCCCACACAGCUGCCUUCCCUGCCGCCUAUGCUGCUGCUCCAGUUGUAGCUGCUGCUCCAGUUGUGGCUGCUGCCCCCGCUGCUGUGUACGCCGCCCAUGCUGUUGCUCCUGCUGUGACUGUUUUCAAGAAAAAAUAGAAACGUCAGAAUGACAGGAUUGAAAUCAGUUUGCUUUUAUUUGUGAUCGUUGACCAGUGAAAUGUGAAAAUUAAAGAAACCUUAACAAG